AUGCUUUUAUUAAGUUAUCAUAAAUAUGAUGAUAAUCAUAAUGAUGAUGAUCACUAUCAUAAUGAUAAUGACCAUAGUGAUGAAUAUGUUGAUGAUGAUCAUAAUUAUGAUAAUCAUAUUAAUGAUCAUACUGAUGAUGGUCAUGAUGAUGAUCAUGAUGAUAAUCAUACUAAUGAUAACCACAAUGAUGACGAUUAUGAUUAUAAAUAUGAUGAUGAGCAUAAUGAUUAUCAUGAUGAUGAUCAUACUUAUGAUCAACAUCAAGAUCAUCAGUAUAAUCAUCAUCUUGUUUAUCAUUAG